UGUGAUAAUGAUAAUUAUAAUAGUGCAUUGUGUCUUGUUCUUUUCAGGUCAAUAUUAUAGAGUGCUAGUGCAUGUAAAACACUUAAAUUACAGGAUAACAUUUAUUUCAACAAAUGGAUGAAAUAAGCGAUUUAGAAGAUGUUCCUGAAGUUGAGCUUGGAGAUAUACGAUUGUUACUUAGGCAAGAGGCUGAGAACAGGGUUGUUGAAGAUGAUGGCUAUACGUUGUUCGGCUGUCUUGCGUUAAGUAUAAAAAAUCUGUUGUUACGAAUACCAGCUCGAAACAAAAACAAAACGACUCAAGGAUCUACCAUUGAAGAUUAUACCAAACCAGAUGUUAUUAAGAAAGGUGUUGUUGAUCUUCUAUCAAAACACAAGAAGCAGUUCAAGUCGGUAUUGACAAUACUUGUCGACGAUAUUCCACCAGAAGCGCUACCAAAUAGUCAAUCCGAAAGCAAAGAAAGUGAAGCUGAUUUGGAAACAUUUUACCAAAGGGUUAUCGAAGAUUGUAAAAGUGAUGAAAAAUAUAAACCUUAUGCAAAGUUAUGUAUCUAUGCAGCAGCAACUUGUGUAAAUGCACCUAUAUACAUCCUUUGUGUAAGUGAGGCAGGGGAAAUGCAAUGGACUUACUUCAAACCAUUAUUCAAAUUCGAAGGUCAACCGGCAGCUGUAAUCAAAUACGUGACUAUGUUCAUAUCUUCUGACAAUACUUUCCAUGGAAUAGAAUCACACGACCAAUCUGCACCAAAACCAGUAGCAAGAGGUCUAGUUGGGAUGUAUAUGUCGAUUUUAGAAGACACACCAGAAACCAUCAUUGAGGUUCCAGACGAGCUUAGGGAUUUAUCAAUAGCUUCUAAAUCUAAGCUAUGUUACAAUCUCAACAACGACAUGGUUUUAAGAUGUUGUGAACUGCUACGGAAGAAAGGCCUUUUAAACGAAAAUGAUUACCGCAAGAUGACAGCACAUAGAGCCACGAGAAUUGAAUUUGCCAUGUUUGUCACAAACUCACCAGAUGCGUUUGACAUUGUUUGUCAGGUUCUGCUCAAACGCCGCGAGAAGACUAUACUCAAAGAAUACAUGAAUAACUGGAGCAUCUUUGUUCGAUCUUGUGGUUUCCUUGCAAAGUUUGAUGCAUUAAUAGAGCUGGAUAUUGCAAUUUAUGAGAGAAAUAUUGCUGUGUCGGCUUUUGUGAAUUCUUGCAUAGCCGGAGGACAAGAGUUGGAUGAAAGAAGAAGGAGAAUAACAACAACAGUGAUAGCAAGCUCGUCAGUCGGCAUUGUAUCUGGAGGUAUGGUCAUUGCAGGGAUCAUACUUGCCCCCUUUAGCUUUGGUGCAUCGUUAGGUCUUAGUAUCGCAGGAGGGGCUAUUGGCGUGGGUUCCGGGGUUGCAGCAGGAACGGCAAGGACCGUUGAAGCUGUAAAACAGAACUCUAAACUAAAUGACAUCAAGGCGGAACAAGAAGAAAUUAAGACAAAGGAACAAAGAGUAGCUUCAGCGCUUCAAAAAGUUGAAGAAUAUUUUAGAACUGAGAUUGCAAAUUCUAGCACAACGGACACUGAAGGUCCUGGAUCAAGCAUACGAGGUUUGCUUGCUAUUGGUUCAGCUCUCCGAGCUGGUCAUAGUAUAGCAGGUAUAGCUCUUGCAGCAGUUAGGUUAGGGACAACAGCCGCAGCUGUAACAGCAUCUGUUCUUGGACCUUUAUCCUUGGUAUUUGAUGUUGCAUUUCUGGCAGAAGCAGCGCAUAAUAAACACACAGGUGAUAAAACAAAUGCUGGAGAAAUGUUGCAUGACAUGGCUGAAACAGUUGAUGUUAAGUGUAAAAUAUUUAACAGUAUGCUCCGUGGAAAUUGUGACGAACACAAACGAUUAUUUGAGUGGGCCUGAAACGAUAGGAACAUGAAGUUAAUAAAAUAAAAUUAUGUAUAAAAGGCACAUAAUGGUUAGGCAUAAUAUUUCUCUUUUUAAGUUGUGUUGUUUUGUUACUGGGUGCUUGCGUCUGCUUAAAUGCAUAUUAAUAUUUCGCUGAGAGUAAACCUUCUAUGAAAGAUUUUUAGGAAAAGGAUAAGUGUAUUGGUAUACAUUUGUAUCGGAGUAUUUUUUUGUUUGUUUAAACUAUUUGUUCAGUGUCAUCUAUAAUAAAAUACAUUACGAAUCAUUUAUUAGUUAUACAUUAAAUGAUAUUAUUGUAUUCUAGACAAUUACUUUCAGGAUAUCGAAGUUAAGUAAAUUACGAAAACUGUAGUAAAUAAAAAAAAAUAGCAAUUUUUUGGAGCUAUCAAGUGUAGAUUAACAUGUCAUGAUCAUAAAUUAUUUGACUGUCACAAUUUACUUUCCUGAAUCUGCUAUAAAGGCCACAGAUAAAUGCGAUCAAGUCAAGAUUUUGUAAAUGUAAUAUUUUAUGCAUCCUUUGUCAACUAUGAUCUAACUAGGCACUCCAUUGCAUUUCUCAAUGCGUAUUAUUCAGGAUUCGUUUCUAUCUAAUCAUCAUGAUCAUGCUGGCAUUCGCCAUUUAUAAUUUAAUGUUUUGUGUAAUUGAAAAGUGUAAUUCACACACUAUAUUUGUGAGACGUUGUCACCACUGAAAAUACAAGGAUUUCGUGGAUGCAUUGAUCACAUAUAAGUUGAUUUGUUUUUUUCACGUCAGGUCAGUUUUACUUUCAUCAUUCAAGAAAGAUAACAUUGUGUUGUUGAAAUGAUUUAAUCAUAUAAUGGCAUUGAAACAAAAGAGAAUUUUUGAAAAGUGUGAUUAAAAAAACUUGUUUACAUGAUCUAACAUUAACUUUUGAUUUAUUUUAGUGAGCACACAUGUUACUGUUUGUUAUUAUCUACUUAGUUAUUACGAUAGCGUAUUAAUUAUUGUAAUCUAACGCAGAACUGUUCAUAUCACAUUGUUAAUCUGAACAAUGGGCAAGUGUACAUCCUCAAAUUUGUGUGAAACAAAUGAUGUCUCGAAAAACAAUUAAUUGAAUUCAAUACUAUGAUUUUAUUAACAAUGUUAAUUGUUGGUUUUAAUCAAUAAACUUACAAUUGUUUUGAUAAAACAAUAUUUUUAGUUUGAAAGUCGUUACAGUUUUUGCAAUGGAACGAAAAUGAUCUAAAUCUAAGUAGUAUAUAGUAAUUUAAGGUAGUAUAGUAAUUUAAGGUAGUAGACAAGUUUUUUAUUCGCAUACUUAACGCCUUUUAAUUCGAAGAAAAGACUACAGAUAAGGAAAGUUUGAUUGCCUGUCAGAAUUUUUUGUUUUAGAGUUAACUAUUACUUGAACCAUUUGAGGUUGAACAUAAGAUUUUUGUUAACUAAGACCAAAUAUUUUUAGAUUUCAAAUAGGGACUUCUAGAGCCAUUUGAUUGUAUUCUGUUAUGUUGACUGAAUUAUUCUUGUGAUGUUGAUUGAAUGAUAAUAAACCAAUUUAUUUUGA